CACUGUCUGCCCAGCCGCCGCCAGGUCACCACCACCUCGCCCUGCUGCUGCGUCUCUCCUCACACACUCACACUCACACACACAAGCCUACCCACGUAGCCAUGUAUCGCCACAUCGUCUCAGCCAUGGUGGUGGCCGCGGUUGUGGUGGGCGUGCUGGAGAUGGGCGCAGUAGAGGGCAAGCCCGACCCCACGGAGCUGGCGGCCAUGGCGGACGCCAUCAAGUACCUGCAGGAGCUCACCAAAUACUACUCCCAAGUCUCCCGGCCCAGCCCACGUUCGGCGCCUGGGCCAGCCUCCCAGAUACAAGCCCUGGAAAAGACCCUAAAAUUCCUACAGUUGCAGGAACUUGGGAAAAUGUAUUCACUUAGGGCCAGGCCGCGGUUUGGAAAGCGCAGCGAAUAUGCGGUUGUCCCCGGCGACGCCUUGAUGGAGGCGAGUGAAAGGCUUCUGGAGACCCUCGCCCGCAGGAGGUGAAUACAACGACCUCGCCCCCCACCCCCCUCACACACACACACACACACACACAUACACACACACACACACACACACACACACACACACACACACACACACACACACCUCAUCCUCGCCGGCGUCUCUACCUUCCCCCCCUCACUCCUCAUACCUCUUUUCCCCUCACACCUCUCAUGAGGACUCUUCUCUCACAAUCCAUGAGGAUUCAUCCUCAUUGCUCGCUGGAACGUCUUCAAACAUCUUACAUCUUCUUCAAACCUCCUGCCUUACCUACUAACCUAAUCACCUCCAAUCCAUCAACUAACCCAAUCAUUUCCAUUUCCUGACUUUCCCCUUAACCAAUCAGGUCACAACACCAAUCCUGAACCUCUUUGAUGAAAUCCUUUUUUCAGCACCUUAAACAAGACUCGGUGACUCCCCCCCCCCAAACCUAAGUCCAUAUAUGAAUCCCUUAUCAGCAUCUCAAAAGAAGAUCGACGUGUCAGCUGGUUAAGAGGUUCUUGAAAACCGUUCGAACACCAUACAGAGAGAUCCAACCCCCUUUUGGACCAGCAGGCGCGCCAUCUAUCGGCGGUAUUCUCCACAUGUUCUUCUUGAUAUCUCUGUAGCUGCGGCACCCUCGACCAAAAUAAACAAUGCACCUUGUGUAUUAAAUGUGGUAUAGCAAUGAA